UUGCAUCAGCUACAAGCGGUGCUCGAGCUCAGUGUGAAGAGCUUACAACGUAUCUUUUCAUUGCAUUCGGCAUCGAAAUUAUAUAGAAAAAAAUGUCUUUAGAGGAAAAAAGUGCCUUUAGUAAUGUAGUUUAUGAAGUUGUUGUUGUUGGAGGUGGGGUGGCGGGCACAUCGGCUGCAUAUCGGCUUAACAAAGUUCUCUCAAAGAACGACGACCCGGGCGACGAGCGUAGCGCCGAUCAACUGGAACUUCAAGGUGGUAGCGGGGGUGUUGGCAAUGGGUGCAAAGUACUCUUAAUGGAGGCAAAGGAAAGACUUGGAGGCCGAACAUUGACAGAAAAAGUAAAUGUCGAAGGUGGGCAGGAAUUGUUUGACCUUGGUGGACAAUGGAUUGGAAGAACACAGCACCACAUCUUAUGGCUGAUGAAGGAGCUUGGGUUGGAAUACUACGAGCAGUACACAGCAGGGUCAAAGUUCCUACGGCUUAGUGAUGGCAAGAUCCGCAAAUAUAGCUCCAGUCUUCCAAAGCUCUCGUUUGUGGGGUUGCUUGAUCUAGGGUCAGUGAUGAUGCAGAUAAAUCGUAUGGCAAAGAAAGUUCCUCCUGAUGACCCUCGUAAAUGCAAGCAAGCCGAGGAGUGGGAUAGCAUCACAGUUAGCACAUUUCUGAAGAAGAAUAUGUGGACCAAAGAGGCUCAUGAAUCGCUUGAGAUUGCUAUUUCCAUAAUAUUUGGUACAACUCCGAAAGAACUUUCCCUGUUAUAUUUCCUUCAUAUUGCGAGUGCUGCUGGGGGCUGCGAAGCACUGGUAGAAACCGCCAAAGGAGGAGCGCAGGAAUUUCGCAUUAGGGGUGGUGCUCAGCAAAUCUCUGAAGUUAUAGCAGAGAAGAUUGGUUCAGUGAAUGUAUGGUUGGGCGAGCCUGUAAAACUUAUUGACCAAUCAAAUGAGGAGUUUGUAACAGUUGUAACCGAGUCUGGAAAAGAGGUGAAGACAAAAUAUGUGAUCGUGUCAGCUCCCAUUCAUUGUGUUGAAAAUAUUGUGUUCAAGCCAAGCUUGCCCAUGGACCGUCAUUUCCUUGCCCAAAGGAUGCCUGUUGGUCACCUACUGAAGUUCAUCGUCACCUACAAAAAAGCCUUUUGGAGAGAAGCUGGCCUGUCUGGCGAGAUAGUUAGCUUAGGUGGUGGCCCAGUCAUCGACGGUUGCGAUACUGGCCCCAUUCAAGUGGUCUAUGACGCGGUCACUGAUAAUGGAGCUCCUGCCUUGGUUGGCUUCUUUGCAAGUUCACGUCAAUGGCGUAAAAUUGAGGUGUCUGUAAGGAGAAAAGAGGUGGUAAAGCGACUAGUGGAAUUUUUUGGCCCCCAGGGUGGCGAUAUAAUUGAUUAUGCUGAUAAGGAUUGGUCAGAAGAGCCAUACAAUGGUGGAUGUCCAAUAAAUAUCAUGACAACUGGUGCGAUUACACUCUUUCACGAUGCCUUACGGAAGCCAUUUGAUAGAGUACAUUGGGCUGGUACCGAAACUGCCACUGUGUGGUUUGGUUACUUAAGUGGAGCUGUCCAGACAGGCCUAAGAGCAGCUGAUGAAAUUCUCAACAGAAUUGAUCCGUCAUUGACUCAAGAUGGCCUCCUGAAGUCACUUGACAAUAAGAGCCUUGUGCCUACAGACACUAUUGGCCAAGUUUAAAUUCUCAAAAGUAAUUCUUGACCUUAGGUCAAAUAUUCCUUGACCUCUGAAAGCGUUUAAAGCAGUUUAACUAUGCUGUUUAAAUGAUUUGAGUGCUUUUGUUUGAUGGAAAUGAAAAUACAGUAACAGGACGUACCUUGUUUGCCAAUAUACUUUUUAGGAGUGUUUUAAUUUACAACUAGUUACAACUGACCAUGUACAAGACAUUUAAAAAUAUGGAGCUACAGGAGCGUAAAUAGAAGCAUAAAUAGACAGGAUUGAUUUUCUUAUAUUUUGCAUCAAUUUUCGUUCUUCAAAUUUUAAUUAUACCCAUUUUAAUGGUUGAGGUGUUGCUUUCUUAAUGCACUUUAACCCAAGGCGCAGAUGCCUCUCCAUACUGCUAUAUUUUGUGAAUUGAUAUAUUUACAUUAUUUUAAUUAAGAAACACCAGAUAAUAAAUAAAUAAUAAAUUUAGUAGAAUCAUUUAUUAUUUUUACGUUUCUUAAAUGAAUUGUGAAAUUGUAUAUUAAUAUUGUUUUAUGAAUUAUUGAUUUUGUAGAUAUAUAUUGAAUUGUUGUACAUAAUUGAUAUAUUAACUUUUUAAUUGUAAACUUUGUAAGAUGUUAUUGCAUAAUUUAAUUCUUUCAUAA